AUGGUUUGCAUUAUUAUCUUUUUUUACAGAUAUCUUGCAAGUGGUGACUCUAUGAAGAGUAUGGCCUUGAACCAUAGAGUUGGCGUGAGUACGGUAUCAAAAAUUGUCGCAGAGACUUGUCAAGCCAUCUGGACUUGUCUGAGUCCACUUUAUUUAUCACCGCCUAAUGAAGAGGAAUGGGCGAAAAUAGCAGAAGGCUUUGAAAAAUACACAGACUUCCCCAAUUGUGUUGGUGCUUUGGAUGGAAAGCACGUAGUUAUCCAAGCUCCUGCAAACUCCGGCUCGUUAUACUACAAUCAUAAAGGGAGCUAUAGUAUGGUGUUAAUGGCAGUAUGUGAUGCGACAUACUGCUAUACGUAUGUUGAUAUUGGAGCUUAUGGCAAACAGGGUGAUUCCACCAUAUUCAGCGAUUCGGCCUUUGGGAAAGCUGUCCUUGAUGGAAGUUUAAACCUCCCAGCUGAUAAAUGUUUAAAUGGUGGGACAACUCCAAUGCCAUUGGUUUUUGUGGCCGAUGAGGCUUUUCCCUUGAAGAAACACAUAAUGAGGCCUUACCCAGGAAAAGGUCUUACUCCAUCAAGGGCAGCAUUUAACUAUAGAUUGAGCAGGGCCCGCCGAAUGAUUGAAAAUACAUUUGGAAUCACCAGCAGUCGCUGGAGAAUUUUGCGACAACCGAUUCUUGCUGGGACUAAAACAGUUGAAAAUAUUGUCAAAGCCAUAGUGUGUCUGCACAACUUUGUAAGCAGGAAUGAAAGGAACUCCACUGUCUUUCAAAAAUAUUAUGUGCCAGCUAACUUUGCCGACACUGAAGUGGAUGGUAAUGUAAUUCCAGGAAAGUGGAGGAAAGAGUGUGUUACUGGCGCUUGGGAUGCUGUUGGUAGUAUAUCUACCAACAGCUAUGCAAAUAAAGUCCGCGAUAUCCGCGAGGGAUUUGAAGACUUUUUCACAAAAAAUAAGUUGUCUUGGCAAGAUAGUGUCGUAUCUAGGGGGUAA